ACCGAGAUAAAAUGCUUGGCGUGAUGUUCCGAAUCGCAUGGACAUGCAAUGAGAUUUUGAUCUUCUUCCUGAUAAAAUGGGCCUGGAAAGAUGUAGCAAUAGCUUCUAUAUAACCGCAACGAUAAACAGAGCUUAGAAUUAAGAUCCGUUUGAAAAUGCGACAUUUAUUAAUUUAUUUGAUAAUUCUGAAGAUACGUGCGCCUUUGUUUACGUUUUACGCAAAAGCUUGUGACGAUUGUAUAGAGAUAAGUACAGCAACUUUGAACUACAAACAAGCGUUAGAAACGUGUCAUCACAGAGAUAAACAAUUGGCAUUAGUAAAAGGAGCGGAUGAUUUAGAGAAAUUUAGAGAGGAUGCAGAGAAAAUGGUAGCCGUUUACAUAUGGGCUGGAUUUUUCUACGAUAAUCGCCAAAAUCAAUUUUAUUAUUCUGCUACCAAAACGGCUAUGAGCGAAAUGGCGUGCCAAAUAUGGAAGGACGGAGAACCAAAUAAAGAUGGCGGAAAACCUUGCGCUGCAAUAGAGUUCAGCGAUAAAGUAAUAAUGACUAAAUGUGAUGAUAAUCACUUUUACGUAUGUGAACAAGCUCAAAAUAACGGAGAAUGUGAGAUCAAACAGGGGUAUUUUAAAUGUGAUAAAUAUUGUAUAAAAAUGGAUGGCGCUAACACUUAUCAUAAUUACGCCGUAGAUAAUUGCAAACAGCAAAACGGAUUUCUUUCGGCAGUUUUAGAUAAAGGUAUAUUCGAAUGCGUUUUGAAUGAAACUUAUUUAUCCAAAUAUGUACAUGGCUUAUAUGUGGAUCUGAGAAAAGAUGUGUCUGGUAAUUGGGUACAUGGUGACGGUACCGAACUUACGAGCGAACAAGCGGAUGAAGUUUGGGGUGAAGGUGAGCCACAAAGCGGAGAAUGUGCCGUUUAUUCUUUGAGAGCUGGCAAGAAACUCGCUUCUUUCGAUUGUAUGCAACCAACUUUAUAUGCGUGCGAGAAAGCAAGUAAUAAAGACGAUGAUGAUGAUGUGGUCGAUAGUGUACUUGGAAAUGAUGAUGACGACAGUGAAGAGGACGAUGGCGGUGACGACAGUGAAGACGACGAUGGCGGUGACGACAGUGACGACAACGAUGGCGGUGACGACAGUGACGACGACGAUGGCGGUGACGACAGUGACGACGACGAUGGCGAUGACGACAGUGACGACGACGAUGGCGAUGACGACAGUGAUGACGGUAACAAUGGUAACGACGAUAACGGCAGUAACAAUCGUAACGACGGUAACAACACUAACAAUGGUAAUGAUGGUAAGUCAUUGCUAAUUAUUAAAAAUAAUCAAUAGUUGCCUCUUCAAUUUAUUAAAAUACAUAACACAAAAUAGGCUAUAACAUAUGCAAUAACCAAAAAUUCAUUGUAAAUUAUAGGACUUUAAAAAUUUGAUUA